AUUCUAUUCUAGAACUUCUCGAAAUAGACACAAUAUAAGUCAUUGUAUUGAAAAAUGUUUUUAUUUACGGUAUUAGUAUUAGUGACAGUUAUCUGGACCGUACAAUACCGGUUUCGAAGGAGGAGAAUGUAUGAGUUAGCGUCAAGGAUCUCACAUCUGAAAGAUGAAUUGCCGUUUAUUGGUGUAGCGCAUAAAUUUAUGGGAAACACUGAAGACGUAAUGAAAAGUUUGAAGAAAUUUAGCUAUGAAGCCAUGGAAACUGAUGGCGUAACUAGAAUGUGGCUUAAUCAUAUUCUUUAUUUCGUAAUGGUGAAUCCGGAGGAUUUGGAGAUAGUAUUAAAAACAUGCUUGGAAAAGGAUGAUGUCCAUAGAUUUAUGCGUAAUGUUCUCGGUAAUGGCACCGUGUUUGCACCUGUUUCUAUUUGGAGACGUCGCAGAAAAAUUUUAAUCCCAGCGUUCAGUCCGAAAAUCGUUGAAAGCUUUGUAGAAAUAUUUUCAGAACAAAGCCAACAUAUAACACAUAAAGUGGCACGUGUGUCUGGAUCUGGAACAGUUAACCUUUGGCCGAUAGUAUCAGCUUAUUCUUUAGAUGCCGCAUGUGAAUCAACGGCAGGGGUAAAAAUAUAUGCGCAGUCCGAAACAAACUCACAAUUCCUUGCUGCUCUAGAGGAUGGUCUAAACAUUAUCAGUCAAAGAAUCUUCAAUGUGUGGCUGCAACUGGAGUGGCUAUUCCGUUUGUUACCUCUGUACACUAAAUAUCAGAAACACGUUAAAUAUGUAUAUGAUUUCACAGAUGAGAUUAUCCACAACAAGCGAAGACAAUUAAAGAAUAACAAGCAAAGCCAAAGCGACAAAGGUCAUUACGAAUUAGAUGAUUUUAAAAGGAAAUCUUUCCUAGAGUUAUUAAUACAAUUAUCUGGUGGCGAAAAAGGGUAUACAGACUUGGAACUUCGUGAGGAGAUUUUAACUAUUAUUAUAGCUGGAACCGAUACCUCUGCAGUUGGAAUGGCGUUUACCCUCAUGUUAUUAGGAAAAUAUCCAGACAUCCAGCAAAAGGUAUAUGAAGAGUUAAAAGAAGUGUUUGGUGAUUCUAACCGUCAAUUGGUGAAGGAAGAUUUACCCAAGUUGAAAUAUUUAGAGAGAGUGGUGAAAGAGUCUUUAAGAUUAUUCCCACCAGUGCCUAUUAUUAUUCGGAAAGUGGAAAAGGAGAUGACCUUACCGUCAGGCGUGAUUAUUCCAAGUGGUUCAGGGAUAAUUGUUUCGAUUUUUGGAGCUCAUCGCGACCCCAAGUACUGGGGUCCGGACGCAGAACACUUCGAUCCCGACCGGUUUCUGCCUGAACGAUUCAACUUGCAGCACGCCUGUAGCUAUAUGCCAUUUAGUAAUGGACCACGAAAUUGCGUAGGUUAUCAGUAUGCUUUGAAGUCAAUCCCGACAGCACUGACGUCCAUAUUACGAAAUUAUAAAGUUGUAGGAGAACCCGAAAAGGGUCCCAUUCCUAACAUAAGGGUCAAGUUUGACAUCAUGCUGAAGGCAGCAGAAGGGUUCUACGUGAAAUUGGAAAAAAGAAAACCUUGCCUCUUGAAAGAGUGACUUGGUUUUUGUGUCGAGUACUGAUGAUUUGAUACAUUUUUUUUUUGAAUUGAAUGAAUAAUCUCACGACGGCUAAAAAUGUUAUUCCUAAUCGAUAAAACGAUAAAUAAAAUAAUCCUUGCUACAAACAACUCAUGGUUUCUCUGGCCAUAUAAAGUAUUUUAUUUUGUUAUAUUUUUAUUUAUAUUUGUGUGUGUAUUUGUUGGUAGUAUUGUUGUUUACAUGUUUAAACUAUUUUAACGUUUAUUUUAGAUUUAAGAGAUAAUAUGUAAAUGUUAUUACUAUACCUAAGAAAUAAAUCAAAAAUUUAUAUGAAUUUAUAUUACAAAAAUGCGCUUAGUAUAAGGGUGUAGGAUUUUAACGGUUAGGAAUAAUCGCAAUAAAUUAAAUGUGAAAAUAACGAAUAUUAAAUAUAGAUUCAUCUGUUAUGCUAGAUAUAGAUUACUACUACUAAUACAAUGUUAUUUAAUAAAAGUGUCUAAAAGUUAAAUUUAAGUUAAUUUGAGUUAAGUUAUGUUAAGUUUAUUUACGUAGUUUUAAAAUUAUUGUAAAAUUUUAUUCAAAUUAUUAAAUAAAGAAAUACU